GGAAAAGCCCAACUGUGCGUGUGUGUACACAGCCAUAGAGAAAAGAAAGACAAGGGUGGAGUGUGCUUCAGAAGGCAAGUCUGCUAACAAGUCUUACUGCCAGAAAGGACAUGGAACAGCAAGACAGCAAAUGUAAGAGAGAACACGAGUCCAGCAAUAAAACAAAUGUUUGGAGUUGUUUCACAAUGCCAGUAACACCGGAAGCAGGAAACAAAAUCAAGAUGGAUUUAUUCAUGGGGAGUAAAAACUGACUCUAAACCUCUAGCAAGCAAGCAUGGAAAUGCAUCCAAGCUCCAACUCCUCCAAUGUGAAGACAAACAGGACUACUGGCAAAAACGGGACUCUUGACGAGAUUGAAAUGUUUACCGUGAUCAUCUGUUCGUUGUAUACCUUUAUUUUCCUCGGUGGAUUGAUACUGAACACUCUGGCAGCCUGGAUUUUCUUUCAGUUAAAAAACAGGACAACUUUCAUAUUUUAUCUGAAAAACAUCGCCAUUGCAGACUUAAUAAUAACACUGACAUUUCCCUUUAAAAUACUCAGUGACUCGGGACUGGGGCACUGGAAAUUAAAGGCUUUUGUGUGCCGCUAUUCUGCAGUCAUAUUCUACUGUAACAUGUAUGUUAGCAUACUUUUCCUUGGACUGAUCAGCUUAGACAGAUAUCUAAAAAUUGUGAAACCAUUCGGCAACUCCAGAAUGUACAAUGUUAAGUUCACAAAAUUUGUGUCUUUAGGAGUGUGGCUGUGCAUGAUACUUCUUUCGAUGCCAAACAUGAUUUUCACAAAUGUAAAUCCAACAAUAGAAACAGCUGGCAACUGUUCAGCUCUAAAAAGCCACUUUGGCCUUGCGUUGCAUGGAGUGGUAAUCUACGUGAACAUUGGCAUAUUUACAGCUGUUUUCAUUGUAUUAGCUGCAUGCUACAUUUCGAUCUCCAGGCACAUCUAUCGUUCAAAUCAGCAGUUUGUAGGUUCUGAGAAUGAAAGAAAGCACAAUCAAAAUAUAUUAAUAAUUCUGCUAGUUUUUUUUAUUUGCUUUGUGCCUUAUCACUUGUGGAGAAUACCGUUUACAUUAACUCAGAUAGCCUCAAAAUUCGAUAAGUCCGGGACUUUGAUUUUGACACGAGGCAAAAUUGUUACUCUCUUUAUGUCUGCGUGCAAUGUUUGCCUGGACCCUAUCAUAUACUUCCUGAUGUGCAAGUCCUUUACCAAAAUGCUGCGAAAAAAACUGCACAUUGGACCUAGGGUUGAUUUCAAUGGGUCCACACGCAGCUCCAGAGGAACAGUCAAGGUACGCAGAUUCCGAGAAUACACAUCCACGAGCAUUUAGUGCCAAAACCGAUUAACAAUUCAUUUUGCAUUUCCUGUUGGAGGCACAGAGUGCUACGUUUGGACGUGUUCUUGUGUUAGUCAGAGUCUCGUCAAGGGACUGAAAUUAAUUGCAAGAAUAACCGUAAUUCCAAGAUCCGGAAAUACAGUUGCUGGAGCCGGAGCCUCUCUUCCUCAAUGAAAGCAACUAAAUACUGGUGGAGUGAAGCCAAAACCUGAGAGCUCCAGCAUGGAUUAAAUCAAUUAUCCCCACAGUCCAGGUUUUUUAUUUAACCAGUAAUGAAGUAGUCUGUUGAAACCUGCACUUCUAUUAGCCCACACAGCCUCUGCAGUUUUAGAAAGCUUGCAGUACUGUAUUCCUGCAGUCAGAUAUCCCCACCCGUUAGUGCAGGAGACAGUAAUUCAAGCACACACUCACUGCUGACCUUCAAAAAAGCCACAGUCAUGUCCUGGCCUGUGUUGUUAUUACAGAGUGCUGUUUGAGUAAAACAGUAAAUUGCAUUAAAUAGGAUUCAGCUACAUAAGAACAUAUGAAAGUUUACAAAUGAUAGGUGGCUAUUCAGUAGCUUAUUGAUCCCAGAAUCUCAUUAAGCAGCUUCUUGAAGGAUCCCAGGGUGUCGGCUUCAACAACAUUACUGGGGAGUUGGUUUGAGGCGGUUGCAAAUGUAUAAAGCAUAGUUUUGGAAGCAUCAUUAAGGUUUGUUUAAAACAUGGGAGUGCAUGGAAUGGAUACAACAUUGAAUACUGCAUAUCCUGACUGUAUUGUUAUUACAUGUAACUAUUAUUACUAUUAUUUUUUAUUUAGUUUUUUUUUUUUUAUUUGGAAUCGCCAAUUAUUUUUCUUAUUUUCUCCCCAAUUUGAAAUGUCCAAUUAUUUUUAUUUCAACCCGGCUCACCGCUGCCACUCCCGCGCUGACUUGGGACAGACAAAGACGGACACACGCGUCCUCCGAAACGUGUGCCAAAGGCCGUCCUCUUCUUUUCACUCUGCGGCCCCGCCAUGCAACCACCUCGGACCUAUCGCGUCGGAGAACCACUCAACUCCGGGUAGCUUACAGGCAGGCCCGCAGGCGCCCGGCCAGUCUGCAGCGGUCGCUGGUACGCGGUGAGCUGAGGACACCCUGGCCGACCUAGACCCUCCUCACCCGGGCGGCGCUCAGCCAAUUGUGUGCCGCCCUGGGCACUGCCGUCCAGUCAGCAGUGGAGUAGCCUGGACUCAAACCGGCGACGACCAGGCUAUAGGGCACAUCCUGUGUUUUAAUUAAUUUUAAUAAGUUUGUUUGUAUAUUAAAUAGAUGAAAAGAGAUCAUUUAUUUUUACAUUAAAUGCUUACAUACCA